GAGUUUGAGUGCGCUCCGGUGAAGGGCAGUGUCCAGUCGUGCCCAGGAGAUGGCGCUGCGGGCGUGUGGCUUCAUCAUCUUCAGGCGUCUUCCUCCUGAAAACAUUGAGUUCCUCCUUCUGCAAACGUCCUAUGGCGAGCACCACUGGACUCCCCCUAAAGGACACGUGGACCCGGGGGAGGAUGACCUGACCACAGCUCUGAGGGAGACCCAGGAGGAGGCGGGUUUGAGCCUGGAUCAUCUCUCUGUAGUCCAGGGCUUCCUCCACACGCUGCAUUACGAGGUGCGUGGCCGACCCAAAGAUGUGCUGUACUGGCUGGCAGAGCUCCGGGACCCCUGCACACCCAUCGCACUCUCCCAGGAGCACAGGGACUUCCGCUGGGCACGGCUGGAGGAGGCGUGUGCCCUGGCGGGGUACCAGGACCUCCAGGACACGCUGCGGGCGGCUCACCAGCAUCUGCUCAACAAGAGGGACUGAGAAUAUCUAUUAAUUUAUCAAUUUAGUCCUGGUUUAGUCUAGGUUUAGACCUGGAUUAGGGUCUGUUUAAUCUUGGCUUAGACCCCGGUUUAGUCCUGUUUUAGUUUUUUGUUUGGAACUGGUUUAGACCUGGUUUAGACCUGGUUUAGUCCUGGUUUAGUCUAGGUUUAGGCUUGUUUUGGACCUGGUUUAGAACAAGAAUAAGUGCCAUCAAGUCAAAAUGGCCACUUGAAUAGUCGCAACUCUCAAAUCACAAAGUCUUGUCAUCAGUGUGUCAGAUGCCCUCCCAGUGUGUGAUUAUUUCUGGCUGCGUUUAUCUGUGACUGAAUCUUGAUUUUUAAAAUGAAGUUGUGAUUUACUUGACUUGUGGGAUUGUGGGAUUGUGGGAUUGUGGGAUUUCGAUGUCAACUGAAAUCACUCUACAGUUGAGGACAUUUAAAAUUAAUUUGAUUUUUGUGUAAAUAACAAAUAAUUUAUUUCAGUAAUUAUUUAAUCAAUAGAAUUUGGGAGGGAACGUCAGAAAACCUACAUUAUUGUACAAAACUCUUAAAGAGUUGCAUUAGCCGAAACAACAUUAAAAAGUAGACAAAAGCAUGGUGGAAUAACCUGAUAAACCGCUGGGUCACUGCUGGUAACUACAUCUGCCACUCUAUAGUGUGUUAUAAAACAUUUGAAUGAACAUUAAGGCUAGUAUUUAGCAUCCUCAAAUCUCCAGUGGUUUAACAUUAGCGUCACUGAACAUUGUAUGAGGUGUGACAUCUCAAUCCCGAAGUCUAUACAAAAAAUGUAAAGUGCAUCUGACAGGUUCAUAUAUUGCAAUCAAUCAAGCUUUAUUUCUAUUUUUUUGAUUAUGACUUGGUUUGGUGGGUAGUACCUGUGCUAACUAUUUAUCAGAGUUUUACAUUAGUUAAGUGGCGGUUUGUGAAGAAAAGUACAAAAAUACAGGAAGUAUCUGUAAGCUAUAAAACAGAAUCCCUCUGACUAUGCCAUCCACACAGAAAAUUCCAUCCAAAAUACAGAUGAUGAAGAUCCACCAGGAAGACAUUUUUCUGAUGCCUGUGUAAUCCCUCAGUCACCCCGAUGUGAUCCAUAGUAUAUAAGGCAGAUAGAUAUAAGGCAGUGUCCAGCAGUAAUGUGACCAGAACUGAAGAAGCAGCUCAGAUGAGCAGCCAAACAUCUUCACUCCUACAACUUUUUGUGUAGUUAACAGAUUAAAAUAUUUCUUUUAAUAUUUUUGUGACACAUUAAACCUUCAUUUAACU